AUGCCAGCUGCAAUCGAAAUCAACGGUCAUGGCAGUCACGACGCUAACCCAUCGAAUACGGGAAUCGUCAACGGGAACGGGAAAGGACGCGAGAAUCUUUCGGCAAUGGGUACCCCACAGAGGAUGGACGGCUCGCCGAUGACCGACGAGGAUCCAAGCAGUGCGCUUGUAAACCUCUCUCUGGACGAAGCCCCACCGCUGCCUCAUAUCACAUAUGGUUUCCAAUCGCUAGGGACGAUAAUCGACCGAACCGUACAAUCUUCUUACGGAAAACUGUUAGAACUUGCAGAUAGCUUGCAGGAAGGAAAUGAUGUAGCCCGACGAAAAAGAUUAAUGAAGUAUGUCUCCGACACGCGGCAACAGUUUAUCAAAGUACUGGUUCUGGCGCAAUGGGCGGGGAAAAAUGCCGACGUGAGCAAGGUUAUUGACCUUAAGGUUUGGAUGGACGAGCAAAGAGUCAAUUAUGAAAAAGUAGUCUGGGAGGUAGUAGAGGCCCAGAGAGCCAUGGUUCAUGCGAAGAUUCCAAACCCGGAUCUGGCAACCGCUGUCAGGACUCUUUCGACUGGAGAUCCACCCCGCACAUCUGCUCGGGAAUACUAUGUUCCGCCCAAACCAUUGACAUCGAGAGAAAUCCUUAAGACAUUUCAAAACAUCAAUACCCUUCUCCAUAUCCGCUUUAACCUCCAUGACAUACCACCGGCUUAUUUCAACCAGUAUGAGAUUAACUCUGGCCGAGUUACGUUCACAUCGCCGGACGAAUUCGAACUAGACAUGUCAAUAGCAGACGAAGACCAUGCUUCGCAGCUCUACUUCAUUGAUCUUCGACUCGUCUUCAAACCAGCUCUCAAAAUUUUGCCAAUGGAUAGGUUACGCGGAGAGCUCGAGGCCAGGGGCAAUGAAAUCUUGAAGAACAAAGGACUUGUGGGGAUAUAUGACUUUUUGCAUGAUUUUGUCAUGACGCACAAGAUCGCGAUACUUCGAAGACAGUUUCUAGAGAUGCUCCAAGGGAAAUGGUCCGAUACUCUCUACAUCAACAUGAUCAAAAGGACGCUUGUAGUACAAUACUGGUUAGGGAAACCAGGCGCUAAGAACUGGAUUGAAAUUGGUAUUCGAAAAGGAAAUCCCGAUCAGGGAAGAUCAAGUUCGUUGUCGCUCCGGUGGAUGAGAGAUGCAAAGGAGGCUUCGAUCACUGGUAUUACAUUCGAUGUUGGAAACCUGUCGGCAGAAUCCUUACUAAAAUCGGUGAUUGCCAAACAUACCGCGUAUAUUCUAAAGAGCAUAUACAAACACCUCAACCGCCUACCCAAUUUCAGUGCGGAUCAUCUUGAUCUUCAAUUGACAUCAGACACAUCAGGUCUAUCAAAACUCACCGUUCAGCUCACACCCUCUCGGAAUCUGACGGUUAUCAUUGAACCAAUCACUGGGCGAUUUGCCCUACAGCGACCUUCUCAUAUGGUGAUAAGAGGAGAAAACGGCAUGAAUCAGCUUGCGGAUGCCGCAAACAAAGCCCAUGAGACUAUCAGCAAAAUCAGAUUUAUGACUAUGCAAGAAGAAAUCGAGCUAAGGGCGAAAAGCAUGGGUUGGGAGAUCCUGAAAAUGCUGAAUCCUAGAAUAGCCGACCUCAAGAAGUUUUUCGGGUCCGCCACCAUGUAUAUAAUGUAUAUGCGGAAGAAGUCCUGGUCCGACAACUGGAUCUUGGCUGUCUCUUUGGGUGUGACUGGUGAUUUUUGGUGGAUCGUCGAAAUAAACGAAGCCAUACGGGGUGGUUGGACAAUAAACGAUGCGCAAAGAUUACCGAUUUCUGGAAACCAGCAGGUGACAUAUCAAUUCCUUGAGAAUCUUGAAAGGAUGGUGGCAUCGUUCAUCACACUCUAUACCAAUACUCGCAAGCUGAGCGCUGAGCGCAUCGACUACCGUCUCAUACCAACGAACAAUACUGGGGCAGCUAUCAUGAUACCCACACUUAACAUCAAUUUCAAAGCUCUCACUAAAUCAGACUGGGGGGCCAACAACCUGCGAAUGAGUCUACAUGACCUAGAUCGAAAGGGAAACAUAACCGUUUUGGUUGAAGGAAGAAUGAAGACACCCAUGACUCGCUUACAUUCCGCAGACCUCUCGGCUGCCAAGUCCGAUGUUGCAUUCCAUCCUCGUUCUGGAACAUUCAUCAUGCAGUUUGUGGUAUCGGUUGGGUCUAUCGUUACGGAUGCUAUCACCGAGCGGCUCCACAGAAUUGAGCGACUCAUCGGAUUUAUCACUACAGUGCAGAAAUAUAAGUUGACGGCGAAGACCGUAACCUUAGGUAAAAUCGGGUUUAUCUACAAUAAGAAACCGGAACUUUCAGCAGAGGUUACUUUUGAUGGCGAGCACGAGAUGGAGCUUGUUUUCGAUACUCCAACUAUGAAUCCUCACCGUCGUAUCAGCAGUUUCCUACGCACCCUGCUGAACCAGCGAGGCCUUACCGCGGUCGUUGGUACCCUUUGUCUCACUCUCCCCUUGCUAGCGGCACUCGACAUGAUAGAGGACAAGUCCCCUGAGGAUGAAGUCUUCGUCCUCGCACGAUCUUCAGAGUGGUAUCGCAUUGAGUAUCUCAAAAAGAAUUUCGUUAUAGACAUCAAAUUACGGACCCGCCGAGAUUCUGUUUGGUGGUUCAUUCAUGACCCAAUGCUUCGGAGCCAACUUCAAGAGACGAACCAUCAUGACGCGGUGCAACGGCUAAGGCAUAUUUGGAUGCUAUCGGGUGCUUCGUUUGAGGGAUUGAAGAACGGGCUUGUGGCAGACAAGGAUGCGGUUGGGAAGAUACUGUGGAAAAUACAUACGACUAUCAUGUCGCCCGACCCGCCUGAAGGUAGUGAAAUGGCGGCGAUGGAUGGAUGA